AUGAUUGCGGUUCGACGAAUGAAGAUCGUCAUAAAUACUGUGCUUAUGCUCACAGUAUCAUUUGCCACUUUCUACAUUUUAACAGUUAUCAUUCCAUUAUUGAGUGGGAUUUUAAAGCUAGCAGAUACUUCCCAAAAGCGAAAAGUAAUUUUAUUUUACACCACAGUCUUUGGAGCAAAACCAUCGACAAUAUGGCCGACAACCUCUCUUGACACCUGCGAAGUUCCCUGUCGUAUUUCUGACGACAAAAGCUCAUUACUUCAGAGUGACGCUGUGAUUUUUCAUGGAAGAGAUAUGCCAGAAACAAUGCCUACGCGGCGAACUACCAAUCAGCGAUGGGUUUAUUUCAUACAAGAAAAUCCACAUUACACCUCACCAGAACCCCUAAAGUAUAACGGAAUGUUUAAUUGGACAAUGACGUACAAGCGCUCAUCAGAUGUGUGGGCUCCUUACGGCACCUACAGAACAGUUGAAAAUAACGACUUGCGUAGGAGUUAUUUUUCUUCAGGGGCAGGUUAUUUUCUUUUCGUUUUCUUAUUGGUAGCAGGUGUAGCCAAAAUAUUAGAGAGCUUAAGCAAAGAGGUUUUGUUUACGAUGCCACGCACAUCGAUAGUAAGUGGACUUUUUUCAUUAUUGGGCAGUGGUUUUGCCCAAAUUUUUGGAUAAAUCGUCUGAAAAUUUAGCGAUAGAAAUUUAAAGUGUCAUGGCAUGUAAUUAAAAAACCUUACUUCCGGCCGAUUUGCGUCACUCAAAAAACGCUUUUGCUUGAGCCGUCCCCAUUGAUAUACCUUUCGUUGUUGGAAAUAAUUUUCUCCGUUAAGCUUUUGCCAAAAAACGAGAAGCAAGUCUUUAAUUCAAUAGGCCUUUUUCAAAAAUACCGUACUACUCUUUGUCUUCCCUUCAAAAGUUUGCAUAAGUAUUGUUUCAAUUUCCUUUGGGAUGAUUGCAAACUUUUGGAAGGAAAACAAAGAGUAUUAUGGUAUUUUAGAAAAAGGCCGAUGCCUUUGUCCUUUUCUUCCAUAAGUCUCUCGAAAUAUGCCUCUUUCAUUUUCGCAAGAUUAUAAUUUUAAUUAUAAGUGACCACGAAAAUCGGUAAUAAUAAGGAUAGGCAGUCUGGGAGAGACUCGAGGUCGAUUUAUUUUCGCGGACAACCAUGUAUAUUAUACAGCGGAUAGUUUUAGGCAAACCAGUCUAAAAAAGACUGAUUCCCCGUUUCAUCUGCUCUAGACAAGAAAACCUUUUUUCGCCUAAGAUCAGAAUGUACGUGCAAAAAGGAGCAAACACUUAGCGACACCUCUACUGACCUCCUCUUUAGGGCCUCCUUAUUUAAGAUUACGCCGAUUCGGAAACUCUUGGAAAAAACAAUCAAGCGGACGGCGUGCGUGUGUGUGUUUGAACACCACAUCCGUAUAGUGUAGAUUGCCCUUGAGGUAUCGGUGAUGCUUUUUGAUUUUCAUUAUAGUCAUCACUGCGCUCUAAAUCAUUGCUUUAACUAUUUGAUAAAUAUCAUGUCUUUUCAAAGUCAGCUCAAAGAAACGGAAGCUGAAGAUAAUAUAUUAUUUUUUAUUUCAAAACAAUUCGAAAUCUACUUUUCUUAUUACAGUGAAAUCUCGAUUAACGAACCCCGAUAUAACGAAGUCCUCGGUAUAACGAAUGAUUUUCUUUACUCCAGUGAUAGAACCUUGAUAUGACAAUACCUCGUUAUAGCGAACAAAUGUUGCCAGUCCAUUGGCCCUUCGUUAUAACGAGGUUCCCUGUAUAUAAUAAAUUCAUUCUACAGCCUCUGGCACUACCGUUGGGCUGCCUGUGCAAUUUUUGACGGUAUUUUUAAAUAUUUAAAAAUUUACUUAUUUUUAUUAACAGACAGAGACUUUGCAGCUAAAAAGACCAGACUGGCGGCCUGGGCCUCCAGUCAUUUUUCGUCGACGGGUUUUCUCCGAGAACAGUACGUGGAAAAGCUUCAACUCUACAUUCCAGUUGACGUACUUGGUAACUGCAAUCCCAGAGGACCUCGCUGCCCUCGUGGAAGCAACAUGUGUAACGCUCUAUUGAAGAAGUACAAGUUUUACUUGGCAUUUGAAAACGCUUUCUGCGAGGAUUACAUCACAGAAAAGUAUUGGGAGCAAGCUCUAGAACAUGACAUGAUUCCCGUUGUUAUGGGAGGAGCGGAUUAUGAUGAACUAGUCGUUCCAAAAUCAUACAUUAAUGUACUGGAUUUUUCCUCGGUUGAGAGCCUAGCAUCUUAUUUGAAAACGUUGGAUGCAAACAGCACCGCAUACAACGAAUAUUUUUACUGGAAGAAACAAUACGAGGUUCUCUCGACCACACCUUGGUGCAGAUUGUGUGAAAUGUUACACAAUCAGUCUUUACCAAACAAGGUGUAUUGGGAUUUGGGCAGCUUCUGGGGCGUGGAAGAGAAUUGUAUGCGAUUUUCGAAUAAGAUUAAAGAUCAGAUUUGA